AUGCGUCUCCUGUCUGCUAUGAGCACGUUUGUUCUGUCAGUAGCAGCUUCUUCUUGUGAUGAGCGAAAGUUAGUGCAAAAAGCUGCAACGGUACUGGCAGACCACAUGGAUAUGGAAUUAGGUGGCAUUGGAGCUGGCAAGAACAAUGUCGUGGGGUUUCAAUAUCUGAAACCUGCUGAAGCUCUAGUAGCAGCACAAGCUCUUGCUCAUGAAGAUUUCCAUCAGGCAGCAAUACAAGUCCAGCGUAUUCUUGAGUAUCAAAAAUCUGACGGAUUACUGCCACAUUUGGUCUAUGGUCCUUCUGUACCGUCAUAUUUACAAUGGUUAUCCAGCAAUCACACUUUUCAUCCAGGGCCUGCAUUUUGGCAACAAAGUUCGUGGAAACAGGAGAACCAGAAGAAAAAGAAGAUAAUUUCAAAUUUAACAUUUGAUACUUCGACAAUCUCAGCUCCUCCAGUGGCAGGAGACGUGGCAUGGCAAAUCUUUCGGCUAGCACCUUAUGACUCGGUGUUGGGUGGAAAAACAAGUGCUGUUCAAUUCUUGUGUCACGUCUAUGAGCCACUGAAGAAGAUACAGAAGCAUUUGUUUUCUACACGACGUCGUUCAAAUGGUUUACUGACAGUUCGUCACCCUUGGGAAACGUUUUCGUCGCUAUCACCACACUGGAAAGGGUUUCUUGCCAAUUUGAAGAAGGCGUCAGACUACAAAACAUUUGUUCGCUCGAUUCCUGAGGAAGCCCGAAAUCGCUUUGCAAUCGGAGCAAGUACGAUGUUCUCAGCACAAGAUGCAGUGGAGAACAUGUUUGAGCCCAUGAUAUAUCUUGCAGCACAAAUGCACCGCAGUGGACAAAGCAGUGAGAUCUACAGUCGUAAAUUGACCGUGUUGGAGUCUUUUACCUAUGCUGCUACCAGGAGUGAGGCUGCUCGAUUUGGGGUCGAGGACGUGGAAUUUAACUCUCUUAUGCUGCGAUCAUCGCUAGGUCUUGUAAACAUCGGGCGUGUCCUCGUGGAGCACUCGUCCGUGUGCAAGGAACUCACCUUAACUCGAAACGAGCUUCUAAAUGAUGUGAAAGAGCUCCGCACAAUGGCGAGCGGGCUGGAGGAGGCACUCAUUGGCACCAAUACGACUCAAGGUCUGUGGAACGCAUCCGUUGAUUUUUUCGCAGAUUCUAGUUGUAUGUCUUUGACUACAACUCACUCUUUACGCGGAUUUCUACCUGCAUACGCCGUGGAACUGGAUGAUGACAAGAAGAUGCGUUUGAUGAAGCAUUUCCUUUCGGAACCCGGUUCAUUCUCGUUCUUCUGCGCCCAGUUCCCGGCUGUAUUUCUUGCGUGCUCCAGGGGUGACUCGACCAAAGCUGCUGGAUCAGUUGACGUUCGCUCAGCAGAUACAACGUGGAUCCUCUACAACUACUUUGUACAGCGGGGGUUCGUUAGAAACAAAUUCCCAGGACUCGCUGAAUACAUACGCAACAAGACAAGGGACAUGAUAUGCAAGGCAACUACACUAACUCGCCCACAUCUUUCAUGGUUCCCAAUUUCGCUGACAUUGGAAGAGUCUACGCCAGCGGCGCUUGCAGCAGCCUAUGACUCCCGCAAUGGUGCACCAGUUGCAGUUUUUGACGAUAAUUAUUUGGACUCGACGCUGGCUGCCGCUACCCUCCUAAACAUUCUGCUUCCUGCAGUGACGCUGCCACCAAGUCCAGACACGCCGCCCAUUGAUCAUCGUAUCCUUUCUGUUAUCAUGUGCGUCGAGUUGGUGGUUGCUUUUGGGGUUGCUAUAAGCUGUUUCCUGUUUUCGGUUUACUUCGUGGCAAACCGACCACGACAUACACGGUUAUUUCCUGGAUCCAAAGCUUCUGGGGCUGCAGAAAGAGGCACUCGAGACAAAUUGGAUCGCCAUGGAGAUGAUUUGGGGGAUCGUGGUCGAUUAAGUCCAAGUGGGUCAUCGUGGGCAGAACGAUACUCGGAGUCAUCUUGUAGCGACGACUACUCUCCAAGAUCCGGGCACGCUCGAAAUGAGCUGGAGGAGGCGUUAAUCUCUGGGUCCGAUGAACACUAUGGAUCUUUUAGUGAGGCUGAACAGCCACACACUCCGUCCAACUCCGCCUGGAAAGCUGCGAAAAACGCGUUAGCAGAUAUCAGCCCCUGGUAA